GGUGGUGGUGGUGGUGGUGGUGGUGGCGGUGGUGGUCACGGUGGUGGAUUUGGUGGAGGUCACGGAGGUGGAUUCGGCGGCCAUGGUGGAUAUGGAGGAGGACAUGGCGGUUACGGUGGAUUUGGAGGACAUGGCGGAGGACACGGUUAUUAUGGUGGGUAUGGUGGACAUGGAGUUAAUGCUGGUUAUGGUGGUCAUGGCGGAUACGUAGGAUAUGGCGGAUAUGGAGGAUAUGGUGGAUACGGUGGUUAUGGAGGAUAUUCUGAUUAUGAUUACAGAUAUCCAUAUGUAGGAAUUGGACUUGGAGGCUUAGGGUUACCUCUAUUAGGACGUUGAAGCGUAUAUAUUAAAAAUAUGUAUUAGUAUUUAUUACAAUAAACUUAAAAUGUCAAAUUGUCCUACAGUAGGUUUAUAUUGGGACCGAUGGAAAAUUUGCGAAUU